UAAGAUCCUUAGAACCUAAAAAGCUUUCGCCUCGACGCCUGGACGCCUCGAGCAAUGUCGUUGAGGAGGUCAGAGAAAUGGCCCUGGUGGGCGCGCAAGGCCUUUGCACCAGUCUUGGCAAAGCGCAGAGCCCUGGCCAAAGCCCAAACCAAGCAGGACUUGGAAGCAGACAACCAUGGCUAUGACGGGAGCUACGGUCGUGGGAGACGUGGGAUGAGUCGGCAGCUCCUCCGUGAGGCUCACCAUACCAUGGCUCCAGAUGAAGAUGAGGAGGCUCCUUUGACAACACCGCGUGACAUGGAAAUUGGGACAGGAGAAGAUGCAGAACCACCAGAAGCCAAAGCUGUUGAUGAUGCAACCAGCUAUCGUGAGCUCAUGGAGUACGCUGCCGCAAACAAGAAGGACCGCGAUGCAGAUGAAGAGGUCAUGCCCAUUCCUGGCAACAUGUAUCGUUGGUGGGGCCUUGGAAUCGUGAGCAACCUGAAGAGCGUCCAGAACCUUGGGCUUCUGUUCAUCUUCGCAGCUCAAGCAUUUGCACCCCCAGCCUGCAUCAUCAACAACUUGUAUCGAAUGGAUUGGACCCACUGGAAGUUUGGAGUGGAUGACUGGAACAUGUACCAUGGAGUCUCCAACUUCUCCAAGCACGUUGUAGCCACAAUCUUUCUGUUUAUGUUCACAUUGAAUGGAAUGGUGGUGAUCAAACAAGAGCGCAUUGCGUCAAUGAAGAUUUCGGCGAUGCUUGAAUGGAGGCAGACAAACUACGAGGGCUACAACAAGGACGUGAGCUAUUUUUGGCUAAUCACCGGCCGCAUCAUGAACUGUGUGGUGGUUCUGGAGUGCGUAGUGAUCACCUACUUUUCCUUCGUCCUUUCAGACACACCCAUGGACGUGCUGUUCAAUGCUAUGGCAGUGACCUUCCUUUACAACUUGGAUGACAUUGGAGGUGAGAUGGGCUUUCUGGGAGAUGAGGAUUGGGAUGGAGAAGAGCUUGGAAAACUCUACUAUUGGGAUGUCUUCGACAUGAUGAUUGAGCUUGACCUGCCUGACCAUCUCACGCCCUACGACAUUCAUGAGAUCCCGCAAAUGAAGUCCAAGUUCACCCAUUGGUCCUACAAGAUUGCAGAGCCUUUGCUGUGGUUGCUGGCAAUUCUCCUUCCAUUGAUGUACAUCUUCAUUGACAACCUCCAUUGCAAGCCUGAGGGUGUGAAGUUGGCUGUGAUUGAUAUGAAAGCACAAAUCGCCGAACUCCAAGCAAUGGUGGACAAGCUGAGCUAAGCUGAGCUAGGCUGAAUCCAGAAUACCAGAAAUGAGCAGCUGCAACUAGAUGUACUGAGGCGCAAACUCUAAUGCCGCGAUGUUCACCAUUUUUAAUUAGGGUCCCUUUCGAAUUUGAACUCACCCAUGGACAGUUAAAAUGCUGGCAAUGGGCUGUGUGCGGUACUGCCCAAUACUUCCAUACUGCACGACACAACUGUGCCUGACUGAUAUCUGCGCACAACUGGGU